GUGCCGCCCGAUUGCGGGGCUUGCGUCUUAUCCACUUGGCUACGCUCUUCUUUUUGGAGGUCGGAUAAAGGACCUAUUUAUACAACAAGUCAGUAAAGCAGUGCAUAAUGUCUAAUCUUUCGGACACUGAAGAAGAUCUAAACAUCAGCGAGAUCGUGGCUCGGCAGCAACGACAAAUGAGUGAGGCACUUAAUUGCUCAUUAGCCGAAUUCAGCCGGCGACUUGCCGCCUCCUCCUCCGUCAACACCGCACCAAUAUCAAACAUUGAUGUAGCAGUCAUAAAUGGCGACGAUGAAGACUGGUGGACCCCUAGAUCGGCGAACAACAAACGCCGUCUCGUCUCCGGAUCACCGAGCUCAGCCACCAAAAUUCUGAAAAAUUCCAAUGCCCUAAUACUUCUACCAACCAAUUCGAUGAACUGUCAGACAUGGACACAGACAUCGAAGGUCCUCAAGCAGUUAGCCCCGAAGACCCAGCAAUAGCUAGUACUUCAACCGGCUUAAGCUCUACCAACAAUGCCGGAAGCAACAACAACAAUCUCAGCCGGCCUGGAAGUCAGGAACAUUUAUCCACCCACAAACCACCUCCGAUUGUGGUUGAUAACUGUGAGAAUCUGAACGGACUUAUCAGAUCCACAGACAAAAUCGUUGACCCGACCAAAUACUCCCUAAAAUGUCAUUCCAACAACUCUGUUUCCAUCUUAGCUGCUGAU